AUGGGGGCGAUUGGAGGCGACGCGCCGGUGAAGUGGGACAAGGUGGAUGGGGCCGAGGUGGCCAAUGGCGGCGGUGGAGGUGCUGCGGGAAGGCUGGAGAAGAUACUGGUCUCGGUGAGGCUGAGGCCGCUCAGCGACAAGGAGAUUGCAAGGGGGGACCCGGCGGAGUGGGAGUGCAUCAACGACACUACCAUCAUCUCCCGGAGCACCUUCCCGGACCGCCCCACUGCUCCGACUGCGUAUUCGUUUGAUAGGGUAUUUCGUUCUGACUGUAAUACCAAAGAAGUAUAUGAGGAAGGGGCCAAAGCAGUUGCCCUCUCUGUAGUUAGUGGCAUUAACUCAAGUGUUUUUGCAUAUGGUCAAACAAGUAGUGGAAAAACAUACACCAUGACUGGAAUAACGGAACAUACAGCAGCAGAUAUCUAUGAUUACAUUGCCAAGCAUGAGGAGAGAGCAUUUGUAUUGAAAUUUUCAGCAAUUGAAAUAUAUAACGAAGUUGUAAGGGAUCUUCUUAGUGCAGAAAGCACAUCACUUAGACUUUGGGAUGAUGCAGAGAAGGGAACAUAUGUAGAAAACCUUACAGAGGUGAUCUUGAGGGAUUCGGACCACCUGAAAGAACUUAUUUCUGUGUGUGAAGCUCAAAGGAGGACCGGAGAGACAUACUUAAAUGAAAACAGCUCCAGAUCACACCAAAUACUUAAACUGACUAUCGAAAGUUCUGCUCGUGAGUUCUUGGGUAAGGACAAGUCAACAACACUUGUUGCUAGUGUGAACUUUGUUGAUUUGGCUGGAAGUGAACGUGCAUCUCAGGCAUUAUCAGCUGGGGCUAGGCUGAAGGAAGGCUGUCAUAUUAAUAGAAGUCUACUUACCCUCGGAACUGUGAUUCGGAAACUAAGCAAGGUAAGAAAUGGACACAUACCAUACCGAGAUUCAAAGCUCACACGCAUAUUACAGCCUUCUCUAGGAGGCAAUGCAAGGACAGCUAUUAUUUGUACAAUGAGCCCAGCCCGAAGCCAUAUGGAACAGUCAAGAAAUACCUUGUUGUUUGCAAGUUGUGCAAAGGAAGUGGUGACAAAUGCCCAGGUUAAUGUGGUUAUGUCUGAUAAAGCACUAGUUAAGCAAUUACAAAAAGAACUUGCAAGGUUGGAGAGUGAAUUGAGAUGCCCAACUUCAUAUUCCGGUCUUGAAGCAUUAGUGAAAGAAAAAGAUAAUCAAAUCCGGAAGAUGGAGAAGGAAAUUAAGGAACUGAAGUUACAACGUGAUCUCAUUCAAUCUAGACUGCAAGAUUUGCUCAAGGUUGUAGGAGAUAACCACAGUUCGAAGCACCCCCUGGCUUCUUCUGGAAGAAACUUUACUUUUGAUGUUCCUCAGCCAUGUGAGGAUGAGCUGUCGACGACAUCAGAAGUUGUCAGCAGUGGCCAAAAUUUUAGGCUUCAAGGACGCCAGACAAUACAAAGAGAUUAUAGGUCCCAGCAAUCUGAAAAUGAUGUGCAGUUUGCUACCCCUCUUAGCUAUUCAGUCAGUAGUCCCCCAUUCAGUGGGAUGCCCCCAACUAAUGGCAGAGAUGAUAACUCUCAAAUAUCUAAUGAAGAUUCAGAGGAUCUUUGCAAAGAAGUACGGUGCAUAGAGACCAAUGAAACAGAAGAAAAUGAAUGUUUAGAGUCGUCAGCUUUGGGAAGCAAUAGUCUGCAAGAUUCAAAUGUAGCUUCCAGCAUGCAAGGGGAUAAUAAUCUAAAUCGAUCUGUGAAUUCUAGACAGCAUGAUGCAUCUCCUAUUACCCUGGAACAACAUUUGGACAAUGUCAAAAAACCGUUUGCCAAUCUUGGCAUGGAUCUGGGAUCCUCUACAACUCAUCAAGCUCAAGAGUAA